UUCCAUGCCAACAUAAUUGUGUUCACCUCUCACCUUGUUUGUAAUUCAAUCCUAGAUUGAGGGAUGGUGGAGAGAGCUACACGAGCGCAUGGAGAAAUACUAUAAAGGUCAUUUGUGUUGGCUCAAGGACCAAGGCCAUUAUCAUUCACAUGAUGACAAAGACAGGUUGAUUCACUAUGCAUUUCCUCAGUGUAUCAUUCACAGUGAAACCUGUAUAAAGGGAACCUUAUUAAGCGAGCACCCUGUGUUAAGCGGACACUGGAGCAUUCCCCGAAGGUGUCCGCUUAAUACAGGUUACACUGUGUUUAUACACCUUGGAGAUUGGGCUCCAUGUAACCUCCCUACCUUUUUCCUGGCGUCUCUUCUCUCUCACUCCAGGAGGGUGGGAAGAUUAGAGACCCUGGUAAUGAGGUUGCUAACUUCCUGUGCUUUUUGUACCUGGUAACUGUCAAUGCAACUCAAUAUUAUGAUUGAACUAAAAAAAGAAUUAUAAAAAACAAGCCAGUUCUAAUGCAUGUAAAUUAGGUUUUGUCUCUGGAAAGCCAAGGUUCAGUGUCAAGACAUAUGGAAUAUUAUUUGUGGCGUGAAUGGUUGGGAGAUGUUAUGUUUUUUUUUUCAAUUAGCCAGACAUAAAACAACCAGGGUUGUAACUCUGCGACAUUUUAAUUCUGUUGUGUUCCUCUCCAAUCGUAUAGGAUGCUCCUGGCGUUCAUCAUGAUACCGCUAAUACAGAAAGAUCUAGAUGUCUUUAGAGAGUCGGUUUGGCACACUCAUAGGAUACGUGCACAGAAGGACACGAUUCUUCCAGAUGGCAUUCCAAACCACAUGUAUAGUUUCCCUGAACAGUAUGGCCUGGAAGAAUGUGGUUUGUUUGGAACACCUGAUACCAUUUCAGACUUGGCAUUUUUCUCGUUUUGGUAAUUUUCUCUUUGACUUUUCAUUUGCAUUACAUUACAGGUCUCCCAGUUACAGAGGAACAGCUCAAGGAGGCAGCUACUCAGUCUGGAGUGCUGACUGUUCCUGAUGAUUUUCUGCAGCCUGAAUUUAGAGCAGAAUGCGAACGUGUCUUACCAGAUAGUGAAACGAUUAGACCCCAUGAAUGCAGGGAUGCAUACAUUUACUUAAAAAAUAACUUCCAGCUGUGA